GAAAAAUGUUGAAAAAAGCGUAUUAGCAGAGGGACAAACGCUUUUUAGGGUUUUAGAUUUCCUCUGAGAGAGAAUUUUCGAAAGCUUGAGAGAGAUUUCCAACUACGUUAGCCAUGGCGAGCACCAAAGUUCAAAGGAUUAUGACCCAACCUAUCAACUUGAUUUUUAGGUUUCUUCAAAGUAAAGCUAGGAUCCAGAUUUGGCUAUUUGAGCAGAAAGAUUUGAGGAUUGAAGGAAGAAUCACUGGUUUUGACGAAUACAUGAAUCUAGUUUUGGAUGAGGCUGAAGAAGUGAGCAUCAAGAAGAACACCAGGAAACCACUUGGAAGGAUUUUACUCAAAGGAGACAACAUAACUCUGAUGAUGAACACGGGAAAGUGAUGUCUGUCUCAAACAACUCUCUUCGAUGACCUUCAAGCUUAUGUUAAAUAUCUGUUGAGUUCUUCCUCAGCUUAAUUGGUACUUGACGAUACCUUCUUUUCUUCAAUGUCGUAUAAUAUAUUGCAAUGUAGUGAGUGACAAAGGAGCUUGAUCGAAUCUAGUGGAUUGGUUGGUUAAAACUUCAAAAAAGAGAUUUGGUCCCUUUUGGUUAAAUCUAGUGUUAUGUAAUUUGGCUGAUCUUUGUUGCAACUUUUUAACCUCUGUUUAAAUUUCAAACCUUAAAAAAGUAAAACCAAUUGAUUUUGAUUAUAAAAAAAAUUGUAUCAUUUUUGUUUGUUUGGUGAACUGACCGAGUUGGCCAUUCUCAG